CAAGGGCAUAGGCCACAUUUGCCGUCAUUAAUACCGUCCCCACCACUAUUGAGUACAGAAUGUGCAGGUGUUACAGUGCAAAUACAUCCAAUUUGGCCAGAAAUGCCUCAAGGGCAAGGAGAAUUGUUUUUCGAAUGUACGCUGUUUUUAUACUCUGUACUGGCACUUUUUCUACAGUAUCUCAACUUGUAUAAAACACUUUGGUGGCUGCCGAAAUCGUAUUGGCAUUAUUCAUUGAAAUUUCAUUUGAUCAAUCCUUAUUUGCUUUCUUGUGUCGGUUUACUUCUUGGUUUAAGAGUUACGAAAUGCUUUUGGAACACAAUCACUGAAUUCGUAUCUACAAGCUCACUUGGCGUAACAGGGAUACAGUUGGUUGUUUGGAAAAUAGUAGAAUGGGGAAUCGUUAAAACCCCCAUGUUUUUUAUGGUCGCUUCAUCGUUUUUAUUCAGUUUCUCGCGUGUAUACCAUGAUUUUCCAUUCAAAUCCCUUUUAUAUUUUGGACAUCCUUUCUUGUUUUUUGUGCUUUUAUAUUUCCAAGAUAUUGUCUAUAAAUUGCAACGAAUGGUAUCAGUUGUUUAUUUCGUUGUAACUGGUGGUGAUAUAGUCCAGAGCGCCACGGCACCAUCACUUUAUCCAUCUAUCCAAGUACCGCCGUCGCUGGUAGAUGUGGAAGAUGUGGUUCAUAUGUGCAGUUCAAAUUCAGCUCAAAUUCGUGAAGAAGUGGGAAUUUUAAUCAGAGAUUUUAAUCUGCGCAUAAAGCAUUGUUUAUUCUCUGGUUUAUCCACUGCUUACCUUUCAAUAUGUGUGCCUUGUGUCUUCACUCCCCAAAAAUCUCCAUCAGGAAUUCCGCAACAGAUGUGGAUCGAUGGUGUUUGGGUUUGCGAAUUAUUCAUUGUUGUCUUUCUGACUUCUUUUUCACUUUAUGUUACAUAUUUGUUUCCUAUACAGUACUGUGAUUUGUUGCAUCGGAGUGCUUCUCAUCUUGGUCACUGGGAGAAAAUUGAAAAAUGUCCAGCUACAUCCACAAAUGCACUCUCUUCUAGUGCAAAUAUCUAUCCACCAACUUGGUCAGAACUAGAUGGUCUUUACGCUGAUGGUACUAUAGUUCGGCAUAAAGGAAAUUUCUAUCGAGCCUAUGCAACAUCGGGCACAAGUGGUGUUGCUGCCGAACCAGGAGAAAUAGAUCAUUGUCGUUUCUAUAGAAUGGCAAUCGAUCCUGUUACAAUCGUUAACGGAAUGUGCAUUUUUCAAAUAUUUCUCAUCAUAAUGCAGUUUUGGAUGCUUGUGCUUACCACUGAUUGGCAACAUAUUGUCACUCUGGUUUUAUUGAUGUUCGCUAAUUAUUUAUUAUUGGCUAAAGUUUUCAAGGAUCGAGUCGUAAUUGGAAGGAUUUAUAAUCCAUCUCCAGAAGAUUUGCAUUUAAUUAAACAGAUGCGACAGGAUACGCAAUUAUGA